AAUGGGGAUGUCGUGAAUAAAGUCGGAUCAGCUCAAAUGGCUUGGGCCGGUAAAUUGAGUGGAGGAGCAGUACUUAUCUUAUCAAGAGCAGAUCGAGUGCACUCCAAAGAUCUUCCACCACCUGGAAAACCUUCUAAUUCGUCAAAUGAAUUGAUAGAAGCUUGGAAAGUGACUGCUGGAAGUGAGGAAGUAGAUCACCUGGUCUCAGCGGGUCAUGUCACAAUCAGCAACCCAUUGUAUGAAGAUGUUGGGCAUGAGCACGUCACGGGCUACAUCACUGAGCUUGGUUUGAUGGAGCAUGAUAUGUUAUGUGAAUUUGCUAAUAUACGAUUGGAUCUCGAGAAGGCCAUUUGGGGUUGAUUGAGCCUGUUGAUUUUUUGAUUCAUGUCACCCCAUCGUUUGCUAACUGAGGCCCACUCCGUCAUGAUUCAUUUUAAGAUGCUCUGUUGGAGGAAAAUCUUGGCUGGCCUGUUAUUGUAUUGCUCCUACUGACGACCCUAUGCUCGCAAUUCUCUGCCUGAUAUAUGUAUACAUACUGACGAAUGUAUCUUGUUGCUUGAAAUAUGCUUUUCUUUAUAACGUGUUAUCAUGACAUAUUCCUGGCAUGUAUAUACUCUGCCAUACAUACGCAAACUUACACGUGUCGUUUGCUCCAUAUGGGACUUGUUAAUUUUGUGGCAAUGUGCUUUGUGAUCUUUUUUAGUCCUUUUUGAAGUGAUGGAACCAAAAGUGUUGUAAAAUCUUCCUGUUUUUCUGGUCAAUCUCUUGACUGCAACUAUGAUCAGGUGCCUGACAGUUCAUUCUGGC